AUCCACACUCACAAACACAGCCACUUCUUCUUCUUCCUUAGUUUAUUUCCCAACUGCAUCCACUCACAGCUAAGGCCAUGGCGAAAGACGUUGAGGGAGCUGAGCACGGUGAGUUUGCGGCAAAGGACUACCAUGACCCUCCUCCUACUCCUCUUUUCGACGCCGAUGAGCUGACCAAAUGGUCAUUUUACAGAGCUGUCAUCGCAGAGUUCAUCGCCACGCUUCUGUUCCUUUACAUCACGGUUUUGACUGUGAUUGGGUACAAGAGCCAAAGCGCAACUGACCAGUGCGGCGGCGUUGGAAUUCUCGGCAUUGCUUGGGCCUUCGGUGGCAUGAUCUUCGUUCUUGUUUACUGCACCGCCGGUAUCUCCGGAGGACACAUCAACCCAGCUGUGACUUUCGGACUCUUCUUGGCACGCAAGGUGUCGCUCCUCAGGGCUGUGCUCUACAUAGUAGCACAAAGUCUGGGUGCUAUCUGUGGUGUAGGGUUGGUGAAGGCCUUCCAAAAGACCUUGUAUGACGAGUAUGGUGGUGGAGCUAAUACCUUGGCCCCUGGGUACAGCAAGGGCACCGGAUUGGCGGCUGAGAUCAUCGGCACCUUCGUUCUUGUCUACACUGUUUUCUCUGCCACUGACCCUAAGAGAAACGCCAGAGACUCCCAUGUUCCUGUAUUGGCACCACUUCCCAUUGGAUUUGCUGUUUUCAUGGUUCACUUGGCCACCAUUCCCAUUACUGGCACUGGUAUCAACCCUGCUAGAAGUUUCGGAGCUGCUGUCAUCUACAACCAAGACAAAGCCUGGGAUGACCACUGGAUGUUCUGGCUUGGACCUUUCAUUGGAGCUGCCAUUGCUGCCUUUUACCACCAAUUUGUUCUGAGGGCAGGAGCAAUCAAGGCCCUAGGGUCUUUCAGGAGCAAUGCUUAAUUUCACUUAAGCAGGAUUUUCCACCCAAGCUUGAUAUUAAAAGAUGGAGAUGGUCUUAAUUUCUAAGAGAAUAAUAGCAACAAUUGAGAAUUGCAAGUCUGUCUCUCUCUCAUGGCUCAAAAAUUGAAGAACAAAAAUUGGGGGCCAAUUGUAGAUAAACAUGGCUUUGUUGGGCACGGGUGAUCCCAAUCUUUUCUUUCUUUGCUAGUAUGUAUGUGCUGUUGUUAUUUCUUCUGCAUGUGUAUCCUUAUCUUUAAUUUUAUUCCUAAUUUUAUUUCACUUGUAAGUGGGUGUUUUCAUGAGCUUGUUGAUGCCAGCAGAAAGUUAAUGAAAUAUUGGUUGUGUUGUCUGGUUUCGAUC